CCUGCGUCGACAAACGUGAAGGCGGACAGUCCUGGAUCCGACCUAAGCAAUGUUCGCUGUACUUUUCGCGUGUGCCCUGGGCCUGAUUGCGGCCCCUCAGGUGUCUGGCGCCUCAGAAGAGUUUCAACUCAAAGAUGAGGUUGCUACUCCUUACUCUUCGAGUGAGAUUGUGAACAAGCACAACGACUUGAGGAGGAGCGUUCAGCUCACAGCCAGCAACAUGAUGAAAAUGAAAUGGAACACUGAAGCUGAAGCCAAUGCUCAGAAGUGGGCUAAUACCUGCUCCAUGGCCCACAGCCCUGCCAGCUCCAGAGAAAUCAGCACCAGUGGUUGUGGAGAGAACCUGUACAUGUCCAGCUUCCAGAACUCUUGGAGCAAUGUUGUUCAGGCCUGGUACAACGAGGUGAAGGAUUUCCAGUAUGGAGUUGGAUCCAUUAACGGAGGCGUGGUCGGACAUUACACCCAGGUCGUUUGGUACAACUCUAACCAGAUUGGCUGUGCCAUGGCCUACUGUCCCAAUUCCACCUACAAGUACUUCUAUGUCUGCCACUACUGCCCCCCAGGAAACUACCAGCUGUCUCGGCCCUACAAGUCGGGAUCCUCCUGCGCCGACUGUCCCUCCGCCUGCGAAAACAAACUGUGCUUGAAGUAGCUCUGAGGCAGCAGGGGGACCGCACAGUCACCAGGAUGUGGCGGUUUUGUGUCCAAUUAGAAUCCCUGACUCAGAUUCAAUAAAGACACCAAUUUCUCAAAA